AUGGUCGCAGCUCUGCUGUUCGGGAGCGAGGCUGGAGUCGACGUUGAUUGGCGUUUCUUCGAGGAGAUGACCAACGUCCAAAAGAACAACUCGAUCCCGGGCACGUACACCAUAAAAGCCAGGAAGGAUUGUUCCCUGGUUUAUCCUGUCAACAGAACACCAAGCUGGGAGGCAUCGUUCUUCUAUGCGAAGGUGGAUGAGGCAUUGGUCGUCGAUACGACCAGGGAUUUUAGGAGCGAGUGGAGCAGGAGCAUCGAUCGAAACGUUCAGCUCGAAGCGUUCCCGGAGAACUAUCACGAGAAUCUUCAGAAGAUCAGGGCUGUUGGGAUACAACAUUGGCCCGAUAUACAUCGUCGAAAAGUCGAGGCUGCCAUCACUCGUAUCACGAACGCUAGUUGGAGGAGGGAGAAUAACCUGCGAGAAAGAGCACUAGCAAUGGCUCCGAUUCAAGUCAACGCACCCAGCCUCACUGCACGCUUGAAGGCCAAGAACAGCGGGAGUAAGGAUCGAGGUCCUUCUGCAUCUCGGCCUGCGCGCACAGAUCCGGUGCCGGCUCAAGGGGAGAUCGAGGUCGUUCCUCAGCGCGACGUAAAUCUCGAGGAUGCAGCAGAAGGUGAGGUCGAGGCUCAGAGUGCCGAAGACCAAGUGUCCACUCGACAAGUAGACAAUGAGGCCGAUGAAACCACGCGGUCGGCGAGGAAGGAGGAAGCCGAGGCUGCUCGUCUCGCCGAGAAGAAGAAGGUCGCCGAGGCUAAGGCGAAAGGUAAAAAGAGGAAAUCUUCCGGGGAUGGUGACGAUGGCGGUCAAAUUGGAGCGAAGGCUGCGACCAAACGGCCUAGGGUUGAUCCAGCUGGCGAUGACAAAGCCAAGGAGAUCGACUGGAGCUUCAAGUUCGAAUACCCCGAGUCGAGUGAACCAUUUGUCAACAACGUCGACAAAUGUGCUGAGCUAUUCGGGAUGAUAAGAGGCUCCACUUCCGAGGUCCCCUCUGGAACCGAUGGGGCUUUCAAAGAUAUGGCGAGCUUCGCCUUCAAGCUGCAACCGUGCACGGGGUCAGUACAUGGUGCCGCUCGGCUAAAGGAUGCCCAGGCUGCUGGCGAUAAGGCAGUGAAAGAGCGUGACUUCGCCAUCGAGGAGCAAAGGGUCGCCAAGGACAAUUGGCAGACCAUGAAAAGGAAGGCGGAGCAGCUCGAUAUAGGGGUUAAAGAGCUAACCGACAAGAUCGAGGCGAUGAAGCAAGAGAACCUCGAUUUAGUGAAUAACCUGCUGAUCGUCAAUGAGGCCAAGAUCCAGGUCGAGAAGUCGAUCGCCACUGAGGUCAUCCGGGCACAGCGACAAGCUGAUGAGAGAAUCGAGGCGGAGACGACCCGAAUUUGGGCGGAUGCCGAGGCAAAGUAUUCCGGUCGCAUCGAUCGGCUGAGGAUUCAGGUUGCUCAACAGGAGGCGAUCGAGAAGGUUAAGCUCGAUCUGGUUCAGGCUCGAGGUACAUUGGAAUGCCUUGAUCUCUUGAAGGGGCAAGAGAUGUCUGAGGCAGAGUUGAGAGCCGAGCUGGAAUCGUCGAAGCGCGAUUGCGAACAGAAGCUCGAGAACCUCAGCUUCACGGACCUCGAGGAGGGCGACUUGCCUCCGGCUUAUCCCGAAACUCCAGAUGGUGGUUUGGAUCGAGAUGAUGCUGAGGAUGAAGAGAACCACGAGGGCGGCAAUGAGCCCGAAGAAUAG